GAAGUGUUGGGUUUUUUUUUUUGGCAGGAAUUUGCUUGAAGCUAACGCCAACUACGUGGUUAGUUUGCUUAAAAAAAAAAAUAAGGUCAAGUUUGAACGUGUCGAGAUGUUUUCUUGCUGACGAGUUGUUCUUUUGAACUUUUGCUAUAAGGAAGUAAGCGUCGUCUCCUGUUAGACCCGCUGCCGGACAGAGAACCGCGUUCCUCCUCUGGGAUCAGUCCGCCUCCCGCGCUGCCCUCUCCAAGCCUCGGUCUGCGCGUAAACCUGGCUCGUCGGCACGCUCCCCGAUGAAGAUGUCCCUGGCUCAGCGAGUCUUCCUCUCCUGGAUCUUCGCCCUGGUCUUCCUCAUCAUGCUCGUCCUCAAGCUGGACUCGAAGAUAAACUGGAACUGGUUCCUGAUCUUCCUCCCCGUCUGGACCUUUGACAACAUCCUCAUCCUCAUCCAGGUGGUGGAGAUGGCGGGUCGCUGCAAGCCGGACUUCGACCCCAGGGACGAGGAGAAAGGCGUGAUGAGGAGGCUGUGGUACCUGGCGGCGCUGCUCCUCAAGCUGGCCUUCUGUCUGACUCUGUGCUUCCGGCUGGAGAAGGUGGCGAACAUCUGGGUCAGCGUGGUGUGUGUCCCACUUUGGCUGCUGCUGGGUGGGGCGCUGGUGGAGCUGGGAUACAGCGUUUUGCACCACAGGAGGGACUGAACUUGGCGAGAAGCCUCAUAAGAUGGACACAUUUUUGUUUUUAUUAUUAUAUGUAUUUAACUCUAACCGAGGAUGCACCGCUUUAGUUAUUUUAAAUCCUGCUGCUCUUCUGCUGCAAGGGACUGGGGCGCCAGAGACUUUUUUUCUCCUUAUUUUCUCCCCACAGUAAAAGUUAAUUUAGUAAUUUCCUGAUGGAAUCACACUUUGAUUUGGAUCUCAGAAUUUCACACAGAUUUCCUUAUGUUUCUUUUUUUUUGACUCCCGUUGUUGCUUUUUAUUCACAUCAAAUUCUGUUUAAAAAUAUUUUUUUCCGACCCCAAAGCGAAAUGAAAUGCUGUUGUAGCUCAUAUCCUGCAGGUCUUUCCAAAGAGUUGUUGUGGAAGCUGAUGGUGGCGGGAAGUUAAGGGUCUGCAGCGGUCUGCCUCACACUGCAUCUGAAGAAGCCUCUGACUGAAGACACAAUGGCUACGUUCACACCGCUGGCCUUAAUGCUCAGUUCUGAUUUUUAUUUUAUUUUUUUUGCGUGGUCAUUCACAUUUCCAAAUAUGUGCGACUUGUAUGUGAUCUCCUGUGUGAACUGAAUUCAUACAACUUAAAUGUCCCGCAUGCGCAGUUGAAGACGCGAUGCCACACGUGUUUGCGGAAGUGAACAUGGAUUAUAAUGCUGGCGCGCAUUUUGCGAUCUUUAAUUUCUUUUCUGACACUUUCUCUCCAUUGAC